AUGGACGAGGCCUGUGCUGGUGGUACCAAGGAAGAGGAGCCAGAAGCGAGUGAAAGCUCAGCAGCAUCUUCGUCCACCUCGAGGCUGAUAUCCUGGCGUCCCAAGCCGCUUGCCUUCCGACCUUAUUCGUCGAUCACGGAAAAUAAUGCAAAGCCCCACCUUUUGAGAGUAGUAGUCAGAAAACCGUUGGUUGCCCGCUUGACAAAAGAUAUAGUUGAAAUAUACCAAAUAUGCAAUCCUCAGUUCCAUUAUUCAACGGAAUCAAAUCUAAAGAGGUUUUUGACAUCUCCAUCCACUGGACUGUUAAAUGAUGGUUGUGAUAAUGCAAAUUCAGACUUAAUUCUUACGCCAAACUAUUUGCUAGUUAACUCAGAAACAAAGCAGAGAUAUGUUGUCAAGGAUGUUCUUGGCCACGGAACAUUUGGCCAGGUUGCUAAGUGCUGGGUUGCUGAGACAAAUAGUUUUGUUGCUGUUAAGAUUAUCAAAAACUUACCUGCUUAUUACCAGCAGGCACUUGUUGAAGUUUCUAUUUUGACAGCUUUAAAUAAGAAGUUUGAUCCUGAGGAUAAACACCACAUUGUUCGCAUAUAUGAUUAUUUUGUGUAUCAACGUCACCUGUGCAUCGCUUUUGAGCUGCUUGAUACUAAUCUGUACGAGCUUAUAAAAAUGAAUCAGUUUAGGGGAUUGCCACUGAAUGUGGUGCAGCUAUUUUCGAAACAGAUCUUGCGGGGGUUGGCUCUUAUGAAAGAUGCUGGUAUAAUUCAUUGUGAUCUGAAGCCAGAAAAUAUUCUUCUGUGGACAAGCGUAAAGCCAGUCGGAAUUAAAAUCAUAGACUUCGGAUCAGCAUGCAUGGAAGAUCGUACUGUUUAUUCUUAUAUACAGAGUCGGUACUAUAGAUCACCUGAAGUUCUUCUCGGAUAUCAGUAUACAACAGCCAUAGACAUGUGGUCAUUUGGCUGCAUUGUUGCUGAAUUAUUUCUAGGCUUACCAUUGUUUCCAGGAGCUUCAGAGUUUGAUCUUUUGAAGAGGAUGAUUAAAAUAUUGGGGGGACAACCUCCCGAUUAUAUUCUAAGGAAGGCCAAAAACACGAGCAGGUUUUUUAAAUUUGUUGGGAGCAUUAACCAUGCAGAAAUAGACCCGAAUCAUAAAAGUAAUUGUAGCAUGUAUCAAGUUUUGACUGGAGAAGAAUAUGCAGCAAGGGAAUCAAAAAAACCUUCAAUAGGGAAGGAGUAUUUUAAUCAUAUGAACCUUGACGCAAUUGUCACAAAGUACCCUUAUAAGAAGGAUUUGGCGGAGGAAGAUGUCAUUAGAGAAAGUCAAAUACGAUUAGCGUUGAUUGAUUUCUUAAGGGGACUCGUUGAAUUUGAUCCAGCUAAACGGUGGUCUCCUUUGCAGGCUUCAAAGCAUCCUUUUUUGACUGGGGAGCCUUUCACGUGUCCUUAUAAACCUAUUCCGGAGACCCCUCAUAUGCCUGUUUCUCAGAAUGUUAAGGUGGACCAUCAUCCAGCUGGGGGCCAUUGGUUUGCUGCUGGUCUUUCUCCCAAUAUUUCAGGCAGGAAUCGUGCGGUGAUGCCAAACAGCCCACAUUACCAACUAAUGUCAUAUGUGCAUCCGGGUAGUUACGGUAGCUUGGGAAGCCAUGGAAGCUACAAUGACGGUUUGGGGCUUGGAAGCAGUUACGGAAGUUAUGGUGACAGUAACAACUUGCAUGUAUUUUAUUCUCCGGCAGGCCCGUCUGGAAUGAGUAUGUAUGCCAAAAGUGGUAUAUCGGUUAUUGGGAACAGCCCAGAUACAAGGCGAAUGAUGCCUCACCCGCAUGGAAAUGGGAUUGGUUUUAGCCCUGGAAAUUUCGCUCCAAUGUCUCUGGGUUCUAGUCCUUCACAAUUUACACCCCCUAACUCGUAUAGUCAGAUUUCAGCUGGUUCACCCAGUGGGCAUUAUGGGCCUCCAUCUCCUUUGGGAAAAGCAACAUCAGGCAGCCAUUACAAUAGAAGAAAAAACUGGGGGGCUGCCUUCCAUGGGAAUUACCAAUUGCAAGAAACAUUAUCGGAUGCCAGCACCAGUAGUUGCCGGCAGUCUGAGGGUAACAAUUGUGCAUUUGUUGGGUCUCCAUCUACUCAUCAUAACCAUAGACAGCACAGCAAUCCCCCAACAUGGAGAUCACAAGGAAGCGGCAGUAUACCAACCUCAUCCCAUACGCUAACUCUUCAGGACAAGUCUGAGGCUAGCAACUCGCUGCCUGAUCCUGCAGACUGGGAUCCCAAUUAUAGUGAAGAACUUCUUCUGCAAGAGGACAAUUCAGAUAUGAACAGCAUGACAAGUGGGUUUGACAAGGGGAUGCACUUGAGUGAACCUUCAAUCUCUGAGACAUUAAUUGGAACCAAAGGAUCCAACCGCAGCGUUUUGAGGCAGAGGCAUGAAGUGCCUCCCCCUGUUCAGUCUUCUUGUCUUGGAGGAGCAAGCAGCAACCCUGCCAUUUAUGGCUAUAAUGCACAGAUGAGAAAUCAGUCAUAUUUUGCGCCUAAUAUGUCACAAAGUUCUCCAGGUGUCAGAUUAGGGCAGCAGCCAGUUCAGUGGCACAACCACUCAGGGAGAUCAUCAUCCGCACAAUUUCGUGAUGGACGGCGAGGCAAUUACUCAGUCUCCAAUGCUCCUCCUGCCUUCCAUGGGAGAAAGGAUUGCGGAAGGAAUGCGUAA